GUGAGAACGACCGAGGCAUGGAGGUUCGAUCCUCGAUCCUCGAUGAAAGCUUGCGGGAUUACGUACCUGCAUCGCGAGACACGAGCGCAACUACAAAAUCUCUCGAUAGCCUUGGUGCUUGUCUGUAACAACUGAUCUGGUGUUUGCGGACGACCUAUCCCAGCCGUCAAGAUGACCGCGUACAUUCCCUCGCUCACGCUUCCAAGCUUUCUGUUCGAGAACCCAGCAGCUGCCAUCCUUCUGCCUGUCGCCUGCGGUACUGCGGUUGGCUUCUCAAUCAGUCCCUCUGUAACUCAGGCUUCAUACAAAGCCAUUAGACAGCCCCCCCUUCACCCCCCUGGCUGGGUGUUCGGGCCGGUAUGGACCGCGCUCUACGCAACGAUGGGCUACACUGCCUACCGAGCGUGGACAACUGGGACGACCUCCAUCAAUCCCCAGACUGUAGCGCUGGCUAAGCAGGGAGCAACAUUGUAUUCGAUUCAGCUGGCCCUCAACCUCAUCUGGACACCACUGUACUUUGGCCUCGGACGACCUAUCGCAGCCACGGUCGACAUCCUUGCCCUCGGUGGUAUUGUCGGCUACCUCGCCUAUGUCUGGGGACAAGUCGAUCCCACGUGUGGGUGGUUGCUUGCGCCCUACCUAGGCUGGCUCAGCUUUGCUACCUAUCUCUGCGCUGGGAGCGGCUUUCUGAACGACUGGAACUUUUCCAAGAUGUGGAAGAAGGACUAAAUGGUGGCGAUUAUUGCACGCGUCACAUGCAUAAUAUUGCGUAGUGCAGCAGCUCUCAGCGGGUGCAUAUGCACAUGUACCAUACUGCUGAUGUCGAACAUGUCCAUAUCGUAGCUCGUCACAAGACUUUAGAUCAUAAUUCACGGCAGAUAACUACCGCUAAUGCUGUGCCCUGUCGGCGUUCGACCUUGUUCUUUGCCUCAUUUGCGCUAGUGCACGGGUACCUUGACGGCGUUCCAG